AUGGGUUUGGAUCCGGAUGGAAGGAGGUAUGCCGGCGCCACACCCUGGAAUCCUGCUCCAAAUAGCUAUGUUGUACAGACGGAGAUGUAUAUUGUUCGUCCAACAGCCUCUAGCGGAUAUGUCUAUCCUCGGAAGGCCGGUUACAGGAUGAACUAUGACUUCGACGAUAAUAGCCAGUGGCACAGGAAUCCUUCGGUGCCUAGCUGGCCUGUCAAUGACCGUCCACCAAAAGUCGAGGAAUUCCUUACCAAGGACCAAACUGAAGCAAGCCGGCCCUCAGGGUUCAACAGCCCUCCUCCGACUCCAGGGAAUUGGGGACAAAACUCUUACCCAGCUGAAUUCGAGGAACCGUACACUAGAUACCACAAUGAAGCGAGCCGGCCCGUCCGGUCAGGCAUCCCCCCUCCAGUCACAGGAAACUGGGCCCAAAAUCAUACCCCCACAAACUAUGGCACAUAUCCCGUCCCAUCGGGGUAUCCCUCUUAUUGGCCGAGCAGGAUCGAGAGGAGUACUGCAGAACCACCGCCGUCUUUUGGCUCUGGAGGUAGGGCUAACCCUAGCAGGGAAAACUCUCAUCAUCAACCAGAACCAAGUCAAGGCUCGAGCCUCAGCAGGCCCAUAUAUGACAUUGACAAAGCGGUAGAAUACCUAAAGGAAACGCUCAAGCCUUUCUCCAGCCAAACAGCCCGCCCAGUUCCCAGUAGCCCAUGGCCCCGAGCCCGGAACCAGCAGUGCAUAAAAGAGAUGGUGCUGGACCGGGAAUUCCCGGCAUGGAAGAUGUGA